GGACCUUCAAACUCACCCCAGGUUAGAGUCCAGGCUGUAAACCUGCAUCCUGCGUCGAUCCGAUCGGUCACCAUGAAGGUUGUUGCUGGUCUCGCUUUGUUGCUGGUAAAUGUGCGUUUGAGCUGUUCUUGUUAUGGAGAGGGACAAAUUUUAUUCUGCCUGAACAUACCAACAGCUUUCGGGCCCGGUUACUCAUCUCUGGUGAUGAUUCUGAAGGAUGUCGGGGAGAUAAACUCCACUGUGUUACGCAGCGACAGCCUCGCCUCUGUAACCCGGCUCAGGAUUGACAGUGCUGGUGUCACAGGGAUUGCUGAAGGGGCCUUCAGUUCUUUCCAAGACCUCACAAAUCUCAGUUUAAACCAGAACUUGUUGAGAGAGAUCAACCCAAAGUGGUUCAGCUGGCCCGGGACCCUCAGUGAGCUCAGCCUCACAGAAAACCAGAUUGAAGCCCUGAAGGAGUUCACGCUCAGUGGGCUCGCCAACCUCACGAGUCUUAGUCUGAAUAAGAACAGGAUCAGGACAAUUGAUCCAAAUACUUUCAGCUCCCAGGCCCUCUUGGCGGAGUUGGACCUGUCUGAGAACAGGCUGACUCAGGUUUCACCUCAGGUCUUUAGGUCUCUCAGGUCCACCAGGAUCAGACUACAUGGGAACCCCUGGGACUGUUCCUGUGGAGCUGAAGACUUUAUUGACUCCGUAAAAGAUCUACAGAGCAGAUCUCUGCUAGACAGACAGACGGAGGUGACCUGCGAGAGUCCUCCAUCUCUGAGGGGUCGACCUGUGUGGAACGUGUCGGUGUGUGUGACGUCAGUGACACCGCCCAAACCCACUGACCUCCCCACAGCAGCCCCAGCGUCCACUGUUGCAACAACACCUCCAUCACGACUGACUUCAGAGACAGAAACCUCCGUCCAACCCAAACCCACUGAAGCACCUUUAGUAAACUCUUCACACAUGGCAGCACCUCCUGCACGACCAACAUCAGAGACAAAAACCUCAGGCCAACCCAAACCCACCGAUAUCCUCACAACUGUCACUACACCUACUUCAGAAACUGAAACGUAUGUGACAUCACCACCGUCAGUAACAGAGAUCUCUUUCCAUCCCAAACCCUCCGAUCUGUCCAUAACUAUAUCUGCACCUACUGGACUGACUGAAACCUGUGUGACGUCUCAACCAUCGUCAGACACAAAUCUCGUGUGCACCCUCGUCGUUGUGAUAGUGGUCCUGUCUUUCCUCCUGUUCGUGGUGUGUUUGCUGGUGGUGCUGCACAGGAGGAAACGCAGCAACAAGACUGUGAAGCCUGGAUGUCCAAAAGAAAACAGAGAGGAGGUGAAAGGAGACGGCAGCAGGUUGAGUCAGGCUCAGUCUUCAGGACACUCUGAGGACUCAGAGGACUCAGAGAUGGGAUGGAGGAGAUCCUUUACUGGAGUCAGAGCUAAGUCAGCUAAUGCCAUUCUCUUUACGUCUCCUGUUUGUGCACCUGUGGAAGAUCCAGUGACUUUACAAACUGAGACGGAGGCUCAGUCGAAAGACCAAGCUGAAGGAAAGCAGAAACUGGGGAAUGAAAGUGAAGAGGAAGGAGGUUUUGGGACAGAAAAUCGAACAAACACCACCGAUGUGAAUGUUAAACAGGCUGCUUCUGGUAGAAAUCUAGAUAAAGAGCCCCACUGUGUUUCUGCCAACACUGACACUGUACCUUAUCUGAGCAUUGGUACGAACCAGAAUAAUCCUGAUGAUUUAAAGAAACAGUCCACUGACGGCCCAGGUCAAAGGUCACAGGCAGGAAAAGUUAUGGGGAGGAUCUCCAGCUGGCCUCUGACUGCAGUUCAGUGGCAGGCAAGAUGUAAAAUGAUGAUGAAGGAGGAGGAGGAUGAGGGGUCUGAUGUCCUUACUGUUUGGAAACCAAAGUUUGCAAGUGAGGUGAAGAAAGUGAAGCAACCGUCUGGAUCUGACCGUGACAAACAGGACGAGGACAGAGAGACAAAUCCAAUAGACGAUCCCCUAAAAAUCAAUGUAGCUCACAUGAAACUGGGACACUCUCAGUCCUCAGAACCAAAUGAAAGGACCACUUCUUUCAGUGAGGCUCGAGCCCACGCAGAAGAGCCGAUCCAGGACCCCGCCACUGCGAGACAGACAGUCGGUGAAACCCACAAUCAGAAACAGGAAAAACCUGGUGGUAACCAAGACCUGAAACCUGCAGAAAAGAACUCCAGCAAGAGCAGCAGCAAGGCGGAGCAGAGGAACGAACCACAGCAAGCCACGACCAUCAGACAGAGGGCAGAGGACAGAAGCGCCGUCUCAAAGGCUCCCUCCAGUGGGGCCUCGCCUGAUGACGAAACGCUGCUGUCUGGCAACGAGUACGCCUUCAUGGACCUGCUGCACGAAGUCUCGCAGAACAACGGCCGCUGGACCAGAGACAGGUGGAGGCAGAUACACGUCAACAAGCAGCGCCGUUAGGACAGAGAGUGUAAAGAGGCACUAACAACACUGUAGUUUCAUUCUGUCUGAUGUGUUUGACCUGCUGCUGCUGCAGUUAAAGGUGUUUGUGUGAGAUAAAGUCAACAGUAAAAGCAACUGUUUGACAUUUUGGGAAAUACCACUUAUUCACUUUUUUGUUCAUGACACUUCUCAUAAAGUUGAGAGACAGAUUAAAAAAAAAAAAAAAAAAGAUGGUCAAAACCUGUCGAGAUAUCCUGACGUCUUCUCUAGUUUGGGUCAAGCUCCAACACAUAUGAAUUCAUUCCAUUUGGUGAAUUUUAAAAUGGUUCAACUGUGUUUAUUCCAUGGUAACAUACUGUAAGCCAGGCUAGCUCUUUAUGCUACACGUCUGUUCACACAUAUACAGCAUACAGAUAAGACUGGUGUCAAUUUUCCCAUCUCUCAGCAAGAAAGUGAAUAAGUAUUUCCUGAAACUAUAUCCUCAAGAAAAUGAUUUUUAAACUUUUAAACUUAAUAACACUGUAGUUGUGAGAAACUUCACUAUGAUAAAAUAAUACCACUCGAAUGAAAAGAAAACUGUGAUUAAAUAGUUCAGUUCCAUAUUUAUCUACAUGUGAUAUUCAUCAAGUCGUCAUUUGAAGAUCGGAGAUCAAAUAAAAAAGG